AUGUCCUCACCUCCAGCUCAACAACCAAGUUCACCAAAUUUGUUUUAUGAUCCUAGCUCUUCUCCAGCUCCUCAUGGUACACAGGAUUCCCAGGCAUCUCAAGACCGAGGCGUAGGCUCUUCUCCGUUUCACUAUCCUUCGUCUUCGUCAAAUGCCACGCAAGAGACGGCUCGCGCCGCUCCUAGUAGCAGUGGUUUAAGAUCUAACAAUUUGAGAUCUGAUCUAUUGAACUAUUCAUCCUCUCUAUCCUCAAGUGCAAGAGAGGGAAGACACUCUAGAUCUAGAAGAGGCGAAAUUAAUGCAUCUGACUUAUCAUCUCCCAGAAGAAUUGUCACUUUCAAUAACCUUUCCUCAUCGGAUAAUGGAUUUUCAUCAUCAUCGAGACCUGCAUCUGAAGCUGCUGAUCAACCUUUGAAGAUCAUCUGGGGUACCAAUGUUUCGAUCCAAGAGUGUGGUAACAGUUUCAGAGAAUUUUUGAUGUCUUUCAAGUUGAAAUAUAGAAAGGAGCUAGAUGAUCAGGAGAUUUUCAUCAACGAAACAACAGACCAAGAGCUGUAUUAUGUGAAUCAAUUGAAUCAAAUGAGACAACUCGGUACUUCAAACUUGAACCUUGAUAUCAGAAAUUUACUGGCUUAUAAACAUACUGAAAAGUUGUUUCAUCAGAUUCUCUAUUACCCUCAAGAAAUUAUAGCUAUUAUGGAUCAAACUGUUAAAGAUUGUAUGGUAUCCUUAGCACUUGAUAAUGGGUUAGAGAGUUACUUGAAUGAAAUUGAAUCGAAGUUGUUCAAAGUGAGACCAUAUAAUGUGGAAACCAAAAAGGGUAUGAGAGAGCUUAAUCCUAAUGAUAUUGAUAAAUUGGUGAGUAUCAAAGGUUUAGUUCUAAGAUCCACACCUAUUAUCCCAGAUAUGAGUGUUGCAUUUUUCAAAUGUAACGUAUGCAAUCAUACUGUAGAAGUUGAGAUCGAUCGUGGUAUUAUUCAAGAACCAGUGAGAUGUCCCAGAGUGGUCUGUAAUAGCCCAAACUCCAUGGUUUUAGUUCACAAUAGGUGCACUUUCCAAGACAGACAAGUGAUAAAGUUACAAGAAACGCCUGAUCUAGUCCCUGAUGGACAAACUCCACACUCUGUUUCCCUAUGUGUAUAUGAUGAGCUGGUUGAUUCGUGUCGUGCUGGUGAUAGAAUUGAGGUUUCAGGUAUCUUUAGAUCUAUUCCAAUCAGGUCGAAUCCAAAGCAAAGAGCCCUCAAAUCUCUAUACAAGACAUACAUCGAUGUGGUUCAUAUCCAAAAGGUGGCUAAAGAUAGAGUCGGUGUGGACACUUCUACUGUUGAACAACAACUCUUGCAGAACCAGAUUGAUAAUGUGGAAGAGAUUAGAACUUUGAGUAGCGAAGACAUUAGGAGGAUCAAAGAAACUGCUCGCCGAUCGGAUGUCUAUGAUGUUUUGUCACGUUCCAUCGCACCAAGUAUUUACGAGUUAGAUGACGUCAAGAAGGGAAUCUUAUUACAACUCUUUGGUGGUGCUAAUAAAACUUUCAAGAAAGGUGGAAGAUAUAGAGGUGACAUUAAUAUUCUACUAUGUGGUGAUCCUUCGACCUCUAAAUCUCAAAUUUUACAAUAUGUUCAUAAGAUUGCUCCUCGUGGUGUUUACACUUCGGGUAAGGGUUCCUCUGCUGUUGGUUUAACUGCUUAUGUUACAAGAGAUGUGGAUACUAAGCAACUGGUGUUGGAAAGUGGUGCUUUAGUUCUCUCUGACGGUGGUGUGUGUUGUAUUGAUGAAUUUGAUAAGAUGAACGAUAAUACUAGAUCAGUAUUACAUGAAGUUAUGGAACAACAAACAAUCUCUAUUGCAAAAGCAGGUAUUAUUACAACUUUAAAUGCUAGAACUUCAAUUCUGGCUAGUGCCAAUCCUAUCAACUCUAGGUACAAUCCUAAUCUUCCUGUGACUGAAAAUAUUGAUUUGCCGCCUCCAUUAUUAUCAAGAUUUGAUCUCGUUUAUCUAGUGCUUGACAAGGUCAACGAAGCGUCUGAUCGUGAACUCGCUAAGCAUUUAACCAGUUUAUACCUGGAAGACAGACCGGAUUCUGUAUCUCAAGGUGAUAUUCUACCAGUUGAAUUCUUGACAGCCUACAUCAACUAUGCAAAACAAAACAUUCACCCGGUAAUAACUGAGUCAGCCAAGACUGAACUUGUGAGGGCAUAUGUCGGUAUGAGAAAGAUGGGUGAUGACAGUAGAUCAGAUGAAAAAAGAAUUACCGCAACAACAAGACAGUUAGAAAGUAUGAUUAGACUUUCAGAAGCUCAUGCUAAGAUGAGGUUAAGUGAAAGAGUUGAACUUGAAGAUGUGGAAGAAGCAGUGAGACUGAUAAAGUCUGCCAUCAAAGAUUACGCUACGGAUCCUAAAACUGGUAAAAUUGAUAUGAACCUUGUACAAACUGGUAAAUCGGUUGUGCAAAGAAAAUUGCUUGAAGACUUGGCGAGAGAAAUUUUAAAGAUAUUGACAGAAAGGACAACAGACACAAUAAGUUUCAACGAACUAAGCAAGCUUAUAAACGAACAAUCGCAAGAUAAAGUGGAGAGUAUCGAAUUAUCAAACGCUUUGACAAGAUUGCAACAAGAAGACAAGGUAGUAAUCUUAGGAGAAGGUCUAAGAAGAUCAAUUCGUUUGAAUGGCCGUGUAUGA